GUUUCAGGCGUGUAUCUACGGUGUCGCGUUAAGGUCACUCGCUGGCUGCCUGAAUUCCCCUCUUUGUGUUUACACAUCCGGGUUUCCCUGUUUGCAGCCCAUUCCCCAUUUAGAAGCCAUUUUGGACACAGAUCAGUAACAUGCAUGUAAACCCCAACCGACCUCCCGACGCAGCGGUGCUACUAUCCAAGUGAAUAACCUUAAAAAGAGCGCUGGGCUUUCGUCUCGGAUGGUUUAACAGCUUCCCAUUCGCUUUUUGGAUCCGCUUCCGAUGCGAAAUGCUGCACCUAUUAACGGACUAACAGCCCGGCAGUUAAUUAAUCGCUCCUAUCUUCUCUUGCAACAUUGUUGCAGCGUCGCGGCUAUUGACACGCGUUGUGGUGGUGGUGGUUAGGCUGCUGGAGGGACCGGGAGGCCUGUGGUCGUUUUGAUCCUGGACUGAUAUUUUUGGACAACCUGAGUUUUAAUGUUCGCGACGGAAAGAGGGGGGAAUCUCUGUCCUGUAUUUCAAACGGAACAUGUCUUUUUCAUGGCUGACUUGUUCACUUCUUCUGGGAACUUUAUGCGCAGGGUACAGUCUGGGCGAAGCAGAGACCCGGGAGUGUGUGUACUACAAUGAUAACUGGCGAACGGAGAGGACCAACCAGAGCGGCUUCGAGCGCUGUGAGGGGGAGAAGGACAAGCGACUGCACUGUUAUGCCUCCUGGCUCAACUCCUCAGGGACUAUCAAGCUGGUGAAGAAAGGCUGCUGGCUGGACGACUUCAACUGCUAUGACAGGCAAGAGUGUGUCUCCAUGGAGGAAAACCCUCAGGUCUUCUUCUGCUGCUGCGAGGGCAACUACUGCAAUGAACGAUUCACCCACCUUCCUGACAUGAUUGGCAAUGGCAGCCGAGUGAAAAUCCGGCCUCCACCCCGAGUGCCGUCCCUGCUCAAUGUGCUGGUGUACUCCCUGCUGCCUCUCUGCGUGCUGUCCCUGGCCCUUGUCCUGGCCUUGUGGAUGUACCGCCACCGCAAACCUCCCUACGGCCAUGUAGAUCUGAGCGAGGAUCCCGGACCAGCUCCUCCAUCUCCCUUGGUGGGUCAGAAACCUCUGCAGCUGCUGGAAAUCAAAGCCAGGGGGCGCUUUGGUUGUGUUUGGAAAGCUCAGUUGAUGAGUGAAUAUGUUGCUGUAAAGAUCUUCCCUGUUCAGGAUAAGCAGUCAUGGCAAAAUGAGCGGGACAUAUUCCUGACUCCCGGGAUGCGACAUGAGAACAUUUUGCGUUACAUCGGAGCAGAGAAGCACGGAACCAACCUGGAGACAGAGCUGUGGCUUAUCACAGAGUUUCACGAAAGGGGAUCAUUGACAGACCACCUGAAGGGUAACACUGUGACCUGGAGCGAGCUGUGUCACAUAGCAGAGACCAUGUCCCGCGGCUUGGCUUACCUCCAUGAGGACAUUCCGAGCUACAAGGGAGAGGGGCCCAAACCCACCAUAGCGCACAGGGACUUCAAGAGUAAGAAUGUUAUGCUACGAGAUGAUCUGGCUGCAGUCAUUGGAGACUUUGGACUCGCUGUACGGUUUGAACCAGGAAAACCUCCAGGAGAUACUCAUGGCCAGGUGGGUACGAGGCGUUACAUGGCUCCAGAGGUGCUGGAGGGAGCCAUCAACUUCCAGAGAGACUCCUUCCUGAGGAUAGACAUGUACGCCAUGGGCUUGGUGCUGUGGGAGCUGGUGUCUCGCUGCUCAGAGAACGACGGUACAGUUGGCGAGUAUAUGCUGCCGUUUGAGGAUGAAAUAGGCCAGCAUCCCUCCCUGGAGGAUCUGCAGGAUGUGGUCGUGCACAAGAAGAUGCGUCCCGUCAUCAAGGACUGCUGGCUCAAACAUCCUGGUUUGAGCCAGAUGUGCGAGACCAUUGAGGAAUGCUGGGACCACGACGCAGAGGCGCGCCUGUCCGCCGGCUGCGUCGAGGAGCGCAUCGGCCAGAUAGCCAGGACGAUCAGCAGCACUACCUCAGACAGCCCCGUCUCCAUUGUGACGUCUCUCACCAACGAGGACCUACCUCCCAAAGAGUCCAGUACCUGAACGGGUGACACCAUCCUUCACCCAGGCUCCUGACUUUUUAUUUUUUCAAAUCCAAACUCAGCGGAUCUCCGUGAAUAUUUAAAAACAUAAAAAAAAAAAAAAAAACACUAGCAAAUUGAAUGCAGCUGCUAUUUUAUCCCAAUACUGGUAUUUUUUUUUUUUCCUGUUUUAAUGUUUUCGGUGUUAAGUCGGAUCUUACUAACACAUCCAUCUGCUGUAGUUUUGAAGUAGUAAUAAGCUGUGCGAUGGGCACGUCUGAUAACACCCAUGUGUCAAAUCUUAAAUGUCGUCAUUACCUCAUGUAUUUCUUUUGUGUUAGUCUAUUUUUUAUUACCUCAUGAGUUGUUCUCUUUGUUGUUUUUCCUGUCUGGUCAUGAUCGUCUGCGGCCAAAUGAAAUGAACCUUUGCUCCAAACCUCGGACGACGUGCUGCACACCUAGGAGGAACCGUUUUGAGACUGUUAGACGAAAUAUAUUCAUCUUCCUCAGGGGUCGAAGCUUCUCGGAAUUUUUAAACUCGAGUGCGCUCCCUUAUUUUAAACCUGUGAAUGCCUCAGAAUGAAAAAAAAAAAAAAAAAAAAAGAUCAAAACCCGAUCGGAGCACAGCUGUUUUAUCGUAAGGGAGGGAGCUAAAUGGGAGCUGAGCAGUUGUAUUAGACAUUUGGACUUCUUGAAGAUUUGGGACAAGCGUCUUGUCCCUGGGGAACUACCUCUCAGGUAUCCAGUAGGCUUCUUUGGAACAUUUUCUCUAAGUUGAGAGCCAAGCUAUCCAGCUCGCUAUCAUGGACAUAUUCCUGGAUUCUUUUUUUAAUUGUAGAAAUUCAGAGUUACUCCUUUGCCAGUGCCAGGGGCAUUGACGGAUGCUGUCUGGAGUUGCAAUGUUACACAUUCUUGAUUUUAAACUGUGUGUUGUGCGAGCGUAUGUGUGUUCGUGUGUGUGUGUGUGUGUGAGAGAGAGUUUGAAGACUAAAUGAUAUGAGAUGGAUAGAGAGCGUGUUAUAAGUAAGAACCAUGGACAGGUAGUCGGGGUUUAUCCUUGCGUGGGCCAUACUUGAGUAAGCAACAUGUCUGUUUUUAAUUUUCAUGGGUGUUUGUUCAAUAGACUCAGUCGGACACCAGUCCCCAGAUACCUCAGUCACUGUACGUCAUGCAAGGAGAGCUCAAAUGGUUGCCUUUGUCUCAAAUGCAAUGCCAUAGUGUAUCAUAACAUGAAUACCAUACAUUGAAUGUCCGUUAUGCUGCUGUGACUAUUCCAGGAUACUCAAGGAUUUGUAGAUGUACAUGUAUUCUUUGUUAAUAUAACGCUAACAUGUGAUAACUAUCCAUGAUAUUAUGUGAGGCUAAUAUUCUGUUUUUUUUUUUUGUCUUUUUCUUUGACUGGGUAAGCCCUCAGCUGCUUACUCCUCCAGACUGACCUCAGAUAUUCUGACAAGUACCUCAGGCUUUUUCUACAUGUAUAUCAAGUUGUGUUAUGUAUUUUAUUGUGUUUUAGUAGUUGAGAUAUUUUAUUGCUGGUUGGGUCUCUUGUCUGUGGAGAUUUUUUUUUUUUUUUAAAUAGAGCCUGACCACAGUGUUAAUGCUGUACAAAUCUAAAAGAAGAGAGGCAGAUUCUUGUAAAUAGACCUGUACACACAGUUGCCGAACACUGAUCUGUUUUUUUUUGUUUUCUUUUUUUUUUUUAAUAAGAAAGCAGGGCAUUACUGUUCUCAUUUCACAGAAACAGAAAAGGAUUUCCAAUUCCACCUCUACAUAUUUAAAAGUCAUUUUGACAACUAGCCCUGUGAUUAUAUAUAUAUUUUCAGAGUUUUCAACAUAGGAGGGUUGUGUUACUGAUUUCUGUGAAUAAUGGUAUCAGUUCCUCUGGAUCAGAAGUUGUGUAGGUAGCACUUGCAUUAGAAAGCUUAGUGUGUAUACCAUCAAAAGCAAGCAAACAAAAAGAAAAACAACAAAAAAAAAACCAACAAAAAAAAAAAAUAUCCCUAAUGGUUUGUUGGCGGGUGGCUUCUGUGACCGGCCACUCGCUCAAAAUGCCAGUUUGAACAGUAUUACCUCAAUAUUAACCCGCUGAUGUGAUGUUCAGACCUGUUCAGUGAUAGUUUAGCCACGUCGGACAACACACAGGCUCAUCUGUUGUGCUUUGAUUAGUGCUGUGGAAAAGAUGGUGCUUUUAACAGUGGUCUGUAACGCUUGCGUCUGUGCAGUUUUGGUGAAGGACGUAUAUAAAAAAAAAAAAAAAAGAAAAAAACCCAUCAAUCAAUACAGAACAAUGUUUUUAGUGUUUGGAAAUCAUUGAUGUGUUUAUAACCACAUGAUUGAUAAUGCAGCCCUAUUAGGAGUUAUGUAAACAGUGGCAUGUGCGUGGUCCAAGGGUCCAGCAAUAUUUAUUAUACAGCAAUAGUCAUUUGAAUAUCAUAGUUCAAGUCAACUCAUUAAACUCAGCUGUGACUUAGCAGUUUUCUUCUGCGUAUCAAUAAAAGUACAUCUCAUCACACCUGGAUCAUGUUCUGAUGAGGACACAUGUUAAAGCCUCCUGAUAGGAAAAAAACACAAAAAAAAAAGCUGUGGGUUGAAUUAUUAUGUGGGAGCUGAACGUGACCCAGGUGCUUUCACGUAUUGUGCCAGAAAACAACGAUCACAAGAAAAUCUACGGUGAUUGCUUGUUACCUCCAAAUGCUGUCUUACACCCAGCUCUUCUGAACAGAAAAACCAGUUACCUCAUGCAGUACCUCGUUAGUAACACUAACAUGGAGUCAGUCUCAUCUUCAAAAAAAAAAAAAGGAAAAAAAGCAAAAAAAAACAACGUAUCAAUUAUCGUGUAUAUAUUUACUUGACAAAUGUAAAGGGUUUCUUCCUUUUCAUGUGUGAAUCCUGUGAAAGCAAAAUCCUUUUUUUUUUUUUUUUUUUUUUAAAUUUUACAGUCAACAUAUUGUUCAUUUCUCAUAGUGUGAAUGGAUGUUUGACUGAAUCGUGUGACCUUCCCUGUUUAUGUGAACUGUGUGUAUGUGUGUGAAUGUGCGGUCUGUGUUGAUUGGUUUCACUAAACAGUACGAAUGGUAACUUUAUCUGUGCGUUGAAAUGCUUAGAAAUAUAAACUAGAUGAGAAUACAUCCAUCUUUUUGUAUAUUAAAAUAAAGACAAACACUGAUUAACCAUG